AUGGCUGGCCAUGCCUCAAAAGAUGACUUGUAUUUCCUCUGUACUGAGAAUGGUGUCACCUACUAGACCUUCUGUGACACGACCUCUGGAGUUGGUGGCUGGACCCUGGUGGCCAGGGUACAGGAGAACCACAUGGUGGGGAAGUGCAUGGUGAGCAAUUGUUGGUCUGGUCAGCAGGGCAGCAGAGCAGAGUACCCAGAGGGGGACAGCAAGUGGGCCAAAUACAACACCUUUGGGUCAGAGAUGGCCACAAGUGAUGACUACAAGAACUGGGGCUACUACAACAUUCAGGCCAAGGACCUGGGCAUCUGGCAUGUGCCCAACAAGACCCCCCUGCAGCACUGGAGGAGCUGCUCCCUGCUGAGGUACCGUACCAACACUGGCUUCUUCCAGACGCUGGGACAGAAUCUGUUUGGCGUCUCCCAGACAUUUCCAGUGAAAUAUGAAUCAGGGAAAGGUUGGACUGACAACAGCCCAGUGGUACCUGUGGUCUAUGACACUGGUGAUGCCAAAACAGCAUCUUAUUAUUCACCCUUUGGCCAGAAGGAAUUCGCUGUGGGAUUUGUCCAGUUCAGGGUAUUUACUAAUGAGAGAGCAGCCAAUACCUUGUGUGCUGGAGUGAAGGUCACCAGAUGUAGCACUGACCUCCACUGCAUCAGUGGAGGAGGAUUCUUCCCAGAGGCUAAUCCCAGGCAGAGUGGGGAUUUCUCUGGUUUUGAUUGGAGAGGAUACGGAGCUCAUGCUGGUUACAGCAGCAGCCGGGAUAUAACCGAGGCAGCUGUGCUUUUGUUCUACCACUGA